AUGGUUUGGCAGCUAUUUGGCCAGAACCCGCAAUACGACCUUCCGUCGACCGAGGCGGAGUGGAUUUGGUACCAGACAGUCGUCGCUCUCUAUCCAUACACUGGCUGGCCGUUGAAACAGUUCUAUGAGAAUUUGGAGAAGCUCCUUAACAAGGCGAUCGUUCGAGUGGUUACUAAGGGUGAGGACCUGAAUGCUGCCAAGUCGAGUCGUGCAGAUGAGAUCAUCAAAUACUGCAAGCUUCGAAAUAUCCAACUUGAGCAUUCUCGAACAAUAAUCACCAUCUUCAUGCGAAUGCUUACGACAGAAGACAUUGAUACUACAGCCAUCGCAGGGCGACUCCUAGAUCAGCUUCCACGAAAGCUAGAGUCACAGACACAAAGUUACGCCAGGAUGAUUCAAUAUCUGGAGCACCUCGCUGAGGGAGGCCAACGGCGUGCCAAGGACGAUCUCAUCGCCGCCAGCGUUUACACCAAGCGAUCGGCUGCUUUCGGUGAGCUCAAGGCCAAGGUGUUAGAAGCUUGCGUCAGCAAUGAUUGGUCCAAGAUGAAAGAGCAUUGCCAAGCGCUCAUUGACGCACAUGCCGAGACCGCAUCUCUCUGGCAUGUCAACCCCAAACUAUUUAACGUUCAGAACAUUAAGCUGUACAAAGAGCUUUUGAACGCGGACUUCGGCGACAAUGUUGAUCAAGCAACCAAGACCAAGAAUCUUGAACUUACGAGGCAGGUGCUCGGAGACGCAGAAAUUAAGCGCUCUCCUUGGCAAGUUGGGAAGGAAGGCCAAUUCAGCGACAGGAUUGAGCCACUCAACGAGGCCUUUUUGCAGCACAUCUUGACUGGAGAGAAAUCGGAGCCUUCUGCAGCUAUAGAGGCAAGCGAGCAAUCAGUUACAAGAGCAAUCAUCAUCGUGGAACGGACAACAGCGGAUGACUUCUUGCAAUUCGAAUCGUCGUUGCAGCCCAGCUUUAUCACUACGAUGCAAAAGAACCUCUCGGCUGAGGACGUCUGUAAAAUCCUCAAAAUCCCUGUCACUGCAAUGCGUGGUUUUAUCAAGCUACUUAAUCCGGAGUUUGUUUGGGAGGAUUUGGGAGAGAACUUCAAGACGGUGAUAUUAGGAUUGUUGAGAGAGCGCUCAAAUCGCUUAGAGAGCCAUCCUGUCAGGAAAUUGCUAGGAGUUGGGAGAGAGGAGACCAGGCUGCGAAUUGAAGGAAACUGA